UUUGUAUAGAAACGGAAAAGGCGAGCCCCAACUCUCUCAUUUACUCAAAGGUUACUCUUCUACUCUAUUGUACUUCCAUUUGGGCGCCAAAAAGUUUCUAGUGAAAUAUUCUCUUGGAACUUUCGAGAAAUGUCUGCAACUGGUAAGGGGAAGAAGCGCGAGGAGCUCGACCAAGCUUCCGAUGGCGACUCUGAAGGCCGCGCCCCUGCAAAAAAGGUUCUCAAGAAAGAUUCCGACGAUGAUAACUCAGAUGACAUCACCGUCUGUGAGAUAGGGAAGAACAGGAAGGUUACUGUGAGGAUCUGGCAGGGUAAGCUUUGGGUCGACAUUCGUGAGUUUUACAUCAAAGACGGGAAGCAGUUGCCCGGCAAAAAAGGUAUCUCUCUGUCCAUGGAUCAGUGGAAUGUGCUUCGUGAUCAUAUUGAAGACAUUGACAAGGCUGUUGUUGAGAAGUCUUAGGUUGUUGUGCAUUAAGUGGAAUUACCUGGCCAAAUAUUAUCUGUGGGCUUCUUUAUUUUUUUGAAUCAUUAGAAGUAUUAGACAUGGUGAUAUGAUGUAGUAUUAUCCUAGUAUUAGGUAAGCAUGAAAACCUCCGGAUUGUUUUCUGCUGUGUGAAUUUUGAAUGUGAACUUUAAAGUGGAUCAUUGAGACAUGUAUCAUAUGUUUAUCAAUGCAUAUGUAAAGUGUUGGAUCA